AAAAAAAAAAAAAAAAAGCGCCGAGCCUGCCCCUUUUAGAGCGGCGCAGCGGGGGGCUGUGUGCGCAUCUGUGCAACUGUUUUCAUGGAUCAGAAGAACGACGCCGCGUUUUCACAUUUCGGGCUAAAUCAGCCAGGUGCACGCGGGGGGUACAUGCGCAGUCCGAUUCCACACAUGGAGCUGGUUUGAAGGACGCCCCGGAGAAGGAUCUGUGUGUCUCCGCGGCGUGGGCAGCCGUGAGGAUGUGAUGUGACAGGGAUCUUGUCGCUCCGCUGCGCCUCUCCGUCGCUCACCAUGCCCAAGGCUCUGCGCAGACUGCUGCAUCUGAUGCUCUUCUGUCCGCUCCACAAAGGCCUGCAGGGACGUCUUCCAGCCAUUAAGGUGAAGUACCUCCUACUGGCCUGGCUGGGCGUGCUGAUCCUCAGCUGGAUCGUCUACAUGCAGUACGCGUCCUACGCGGAACUCUGCCGGGGGCACGUUUGCCACAUGGUCAUUUGUGAUCAUUACAGGAGGGGAAUAAUUUCUGGCUCGUCUUGCAAGGCGUUGUGUGAUCAGAGGAGUCUGACUUUGCACCGAUGCAUGUCUACAUCCUCCACACAUCAGGUGUACGUCGGGCUGUGGAAGGAGAGGCCCGUGGUUGUCAAGUGUGGGGUUGAGGAUUCAGCAGGUGCAGACGGAGCUCCAGACUCAGUCCUGCGACAGGAGAUGAGCUUGUUCGACAAACCAACCCGUGGAACCUCCAUGGAUGAGUUCAAAGACAUGCUGCACAGUUUCCUCAAGGUGAACCUCGGCGAACAGCCAUCUUUGACCUCCCUGGUGGACAGAGUCAUUGCUCUGGCUGACGUCAACCAGGACGGGAAAGUGUCUCUUGCAGAGGCCAAGUCCAUCUGGGCUCUUCUCCACAUCAACGAGUUCCUCCUGAUGGUGGCGCUGCAGGAGAAGGAGCACACCCCCAAGCUGCUGGGCUUCUGCGGAGACCUGUAUGUGACAGAACUGGUGGGGCACAGCUCCCUCUACAGGCUGGAGGUGCCUCACUACCUGAAGGCCGUGGUCCCAGAAGCCCUGAGCUCCAGCCUGAACCACUGGCUGGCUCCAGCCUGGCCCCGUCGCGCCCGCAUCACCAUCGGCCUGCUGGAGUUCGUGGAGGAGGUCUUCCACGGGUCCUACGGGAGCUUCCUGAUAUGCGACGCCAGCCCUCACCACGUGGGCUACAACGCCAAGUAUGACUGUAAGAUGGCGAACCUGCGCAGCGUGGCGUCGGAGGCAGUGGUGCGUGCCUUUUUGAAGGGACGGCGGUGCGAGACCAACUCCGACUGCACUUACGGUCACGACUGCACGGCCACCUGCGACCGACUGGUGAAACAGUGCAACACCGAGGUAGUGCAGCCCAACCUGGCCAAAGUGUGCAUGCUGCUGCAGGAUUACCUCCUUUUUGGGGCGCCGUCAGACCUGCGCGGGGACCUGGAAAAGCAGCUGCGCACCUGCGUGACGCUCAGCGGGUUGGCCAGCCAGAUGGAAGUCCACCAUUCCUUAGUCCUUAACAACCUGAAGACGCUGCUGUGGAAGAAGAUUUCGAACACGCAGUACUCCUGAAACCACGCAGGGACUGAGAGGACAGUUUAGCUGUUUCUACUGAUAAUGUGUUGCCAAACUGUGAACUAUAAAACAAUGUGAGAGAAGAGCUAUAACCAACGCAUUCUCCCUCAUCAUAAAUAGACGUAUGGUUUGGGCCCCCUCCGCGCCACUUUUUGAUGUCGUCGUUUUUUGAUGUGCUGACUAUUCCAUUAAAUCGUGGGUUACCCUACCUCCGGACAACGAAUUGGUACCAGCCGAGAGCCGCUUGGUACCGGGCCACAGACGGGGAAAAAUGCAUAUGCGAACCAGGGGUCCCCAACUGCGCCCACGGUUUAAUGGAAACAACCAGAACGUCAAAAAAACUAUUGGUUGGGGACACCUAAAAUGUCAAAAAUUGACAUGGAGGGGGCCCGAAUCAUACGUCCAUUUAUGACUAGUUGGGAGUGAGAAUGUGUAGCUAUAAUAGACAAAAAAAAAAUUCCACAAACCCCCAUCAUGCUUUGUUUUCAUCAAACUUUUUUCAGAUGAACCGUCAUCUAUUUGCACAGUUUCCUCAGGACACUGCCUGACACUUUUGUUGUUUGAAAAAACUGGAUUGAAGCCAGUUUUUGAAUUAAAAUGAAAGCAACCAGCAAAUUGCAUUUGCUUUGUGUUUCAUAUGGAUAAUCUAAUGCCUGAGAAAUGUGACUGUAGGGGGAAGGGUGUGUUGCUUUUGCACAACUGUAAAAUUAUCAGAAUUCUUGUUGGUUUUUAGUAGAUCAAGACUCCACCAAUUAAAAAAAACAGUAAACUGUGAA